CCGGCUGCGCGGAGACGCUCGUCCACUCGGAAGCCAGAGCAGAACCACUUUUCUGUGGGUGUCGUUAAGUCAUGUCUGAGCCACAGAGAUGGGCAAGAUCGAGAACAACGAGAGGGUGAUCCUCAAUGUCGGGGGCACCCGGCACGAGACCUACCGCAGCACCCUCAAGACCCUGCCCGGGACGCGCCUGGCCCUCCUCGCCGCCUCGGAGCCCCCGGGCGACUGCCUGACGGCGGCGGGCGACACGCUGCAGCCGUCGCCCCCUUCGCUGUCGCCGCCGCCGCGACCGCCCCCACGGUCCCCCGGGCCGGGCGGCUGCUUCGAGGGCGGCGCGGGCAACUGCAGUCCCCGCGGCGGCGGCGGCGGCCGCGACCACCCCGGGGGCGGCCGCGAGUUCUUCUUCGACCGGCACCCGGGCGUCUUCGCCUACGUGCUCAACUACUACCGCACCGGCAAGCUGCACUGCCCCGCCGACGUGUGCGGGCCGCUCUUCGAGGAGGAGCUGGCCUUCUGGGGCAUCGACGAGACGGACGUGGAGCCCUGCUGCUGGAUGACCUACCGGCAGCACCGCGACGCCGAGGAGGCGCUCGACAUCUUCGAGACCCCCGACCUCAUCGGCGGCGACCCGGGCGACGACGAGGACCUGGCGGCCAAGAGGCUGGGCAUCGAGGACGCCGCGGGCCUGGGGGGCCCCGACGGCAAGUCCGGCCGCUGGAGGAGGCUGCAGCCCCGCAUGUGGGCCCUUUUCGAGGACCCCUACUCGUCCAGAGCCGCCAGGUUUAUUGCUUUUGCUUCUUUAUUCUUCAUCCUGGUUUCAAUCACAACCUUUUGCCUGGAGACACAUGAAGCUUUCAAUAUCGUUAAAAACAAGACAGAACCAGUCAUCAAUGGCUCAAGUGUUGUUCUACAAUAUGAAAUCGAAACGGAUCCUGCCUUGACGUAUGUAGAAGGAGUGUGUGUGGUGUGGUUUACUUUUGAAUUUUUAGUCCGUAUCAUUUUUUCCCCUAAUAAACUUGAAUUCAUCAAAAAUCUCUUGAAUAUCAUUGACUUUGUGGCCAUCCUACCCUUCUACUUAGAGGUGGGACUCAGUGGGCUGUCAUCCAAAGCUGCUAAAGAUGUACUUGGCUUCCUCAGGGUGGUAAGAUUUGUGAGGAUCCUGAGAAUCUUCAAGCUCACCCGCCAUUUUGUGGGUCUGAGGGUGCUUGGACACACUCUUCGAGCUAGUACUAAUGAAUUUUUGCUGCUGAUAAUCUUCCUGGCUCUAGGAGUUUUGAUAUUUGCUACUAUGAUCUACUAUGCCGAGAGAGUAGGAGCUCAACCUAAUGACCCUUCAGCUAGUGAGCACACGCAGUUUAAAAACAUUCCAAUUGGCUUCUGGUGGGCUGUAGUGACCAUGACUACAUUGGGCUAUGGGGAUAUGUACCCCCAAACAUGGUCAGGGAUGCUGGUGGGAGCCUUGUGUGCUCUGGCUGGAGUGCUGACAAUAGCCAUGCCAGUGCCUGUCAUUGUCAACAACUUUGGAAUGUACUACUCCUUGGCAAUGGCGAAGCAGAAACUUCCAAGGAAAAGAAAGAAGCACAUCCCUCCUGCCCCUCAGGCAAGCUCACCUACUUUUUGCAAGACAGAAUUAAAUAUGGCCUGCAAUAGCACACAGGGUGAUACGUGUCUUGGCAAAGACAAUCGGCAUCUGGAACAUAACAGAUCAGUGUUAUCAGGUGACGACAGUACAGGAAGUGAGCCGCCAUUAUCACCCCCAGAAAGGCUCCCCAUCAGACGCUCUAGUACCAGAGACAAAAACAGAAGAGGGGAAACAUGUUUCCUACUGACGACAGGUGAUUACACGUGUGCUUCUGAUGGAGGGAUCAGGAAAGUGUUGUACAGAAUUUAUCAUGGAUUUUUGACUGCUGAAAAAGGGACAGUGGAAUUUAGCCAUGCCAAGGACUGUACUGGAAACAGACUUCUGCUGCUCAAUGUGCCCUGAUGUGACCAGGUCGCACUCGGAAGAGGUCCCUACGUCUUCAUGAGGCAUCUAAAGCUUGGAAAAGAACUGGCUGGAACUCAUUUGGUGCUCCCCAUAUGAGUGGUCUGCUUGUGGACUGGUCGGUAUCCAUGAGACAAUUGUAAAUACCAACAUGUGUGCAUGGGUCAACAGCUUCAGCCAUCUCCCAUCCAAGGAAGCCAAAUUCAUGAUCAACAUCUCUGAAGCUUCAAGUAAGGCCCAUACUUCUGUGAAUUGCCCCUCUUGGGUCUGCAGUAGAUCCUGCUGUGAAUCAUACAAGGCAGUGAUAUUGGUGUAGUAUAGAUGUGUCUUAAUUUCCUUUAUUUCUUCUUAAUUCCUUUGUUGUUUGAAUCCAUGAACAUUGACUGUAUCAUUUUUUUAUAAACCGCUUAUGUUAUCUGCUUGUCUUUGUUGUGAAAUUUUCAGUGCCUAUUUAUCAAAACUGACUUGUUUUUAAUCACAUAUUUGUUUACCUCUGGAGAAUCAUUAUGACUUUAAAAAAAAACUCACCAACGUUAUUCAUGGUUUAAGUGUUUUGUCAUUGUUACCUCAAUUAUAAAUAUAACAGAAAAUAAAAUUCUGGCAACGAGAGUAUUUUUUUAUUAAAUGAUCAAGGAGUAAUGUCAGUAUAUAGUAGAGUAUUAAUCAAAUUAUAUCUUAAAAUGUAUAUUUUGCAUAAAAGAGAUAUUCUUCAAUCAAUUACUUUUUUGUGAGUUUUGUGGCAACCGAAGCUUGUACUCGUAUUUGUUUAAAAUUGUUGUAGUUUAAACUGUAAGAAUUCCUCCUCUUGCUUAAUCAGUAUUUCUGGAAUCGAUUAGCUCCCCUGGGAUUCUGAAUAUAAUAUAUAACCUAAUUAUCAACCCCUGUAUUGUGGACGUUUUGUGAACAUUUCAAGGUGCAUGCACAGCCUUGGUGAUAACUGAUGGAUAUGUAAUGAACUGAAAUGAAGAAUAAAAGGCAAAUAAGCUGGGGAUAAACUUGAAUCCUAUCUGAUUAAAUUAUUCAUAUUCUUUU